AUGGAACACCUUCGAAAACUCGACAGCCCCAACGUCCCAUGGAGACAGAUCAUUGUGGGCACCGCCAUUGGCGACUACCUGCUUGAGUCUUACCUUAACUACAGACAGUACCAGGUCUACAAGCGAACCGAGGUGCCUGCCAGCCUGCAGGGUAUUGUCUCCCAGGAGAAGCUGACUGAAUCCAACGACUACUCCAUGGCCAAGAUGCGGUUCUCCUUCGUCCACUCCACCUACUCCCUUGUCAAUUUCCUUGCCACCAUCCAUUUCAACGUCAUCCCCAAAAUCUUCCAUGUCACCAAGAUGGGCUUCACAAAGAGAAUCGCCCCCAAGCUUGCCGGUGCCACCUUCUUUGGUGCCAAGACCCUCCACAAGCUCGCCCUGUCAACCCCCGUUCACACCGCCUUUGCUUUCAACGUCUUUGGCCUCGUUAGCUCCCUGCUGGAGCUGCCUUUCUCUUACUACAAGAAUUUUGUGCUGGAGAAGAAGUACGGCUUCAACAAGAUGACCCCCAAGACCUUUGUUCUCGACUUCUUCAAGGAGCAGGCCCUCUCUUUUACCAUCCAGGGUCUGUACAUUGGCAUCUUUGAGAAGAUUCUGAUCAAGUUUGGUCUGUCUUUCGUCCCCUACUUUACUGGCUUUGUUGUGGUUCUCCAGAUUGUGCUUAUGUACGCCGUUCCUACUCUGAUCAUGCCCAUGUUCAACAAGUUUGAAAAGCUUGAGGACGGCGAGCUCAAGGACCGAUCCGAGGCUCUUGCCAAGAAGCUGGACUUCCCUCUUUCCGACCUUUAUGUCAUUGACGGCUCUACCCGAUCCGCUCACUCCAAUGCCUUCUUCACCGGUUUGCCUUGGAAGAAGCAGAUUGUCCUGUACGACACUCUGAUCGAGCAAUGCUCCACCGACGAGAUUGAGGCCAUUCUUGGCCACGAGCUCGGUCACUGGAAGAUGAACCAUAUCCUGCAGACGCUGCUUGCCGGCAACGCAAACAUUCUGACUCUGACUCUUGGAUUCCUGGCGUUUGCUCACAACGACUCUUUUUACACCUCUCUCGGCUUCUUCAGCAACGACCGACCCGCCGCCUACCUGUUCAACACCCUUUAUCUGCAGGUCAUCAGCCCCAUCCAGUACGGUGUCACCUUCCUGAUGAACGGCAUGUCUCGAAAGAACGAGUUUGAGGCCGACCAGUUCUCCAAGGACCUUGGCUAUGGCGAUGCUCUGGCCAAGAGUCUGAUCACCAUCCACCAGGAGAACCUCAGCAACUACGACGGCGAUUGGCUGUACAACUCGUACCACCGAUCCCAUCCUCUGCUGCUGGAGCGACUUGAGGCGAUUGGCUACAAGCCCAAGGCUCAAUAA